AUAAAAAUUAGUGCUUUAAUGGUUAAAUUAAUAAAUAAAAAAUCAAUUUUUGAGAUAAUCAAGUAAUUCAUUCAACAAAUAGUGUAAAUAUAUGAAUCGAUUUUUCAUCACCGAUGGAAGAAAAUUCAUGUCCAUUGAAUGCACCUUUAUCAUUGUAUAACAUAGCCAUAAAACAGUUAUCAUGUAACAUAGGAUGUGAAAACAUUUUUAAAAAUGUGUACAGAGACUUGCCAAAUCAUGUUUUAUUCGAUUUGUAUUAUCAAAUGUAUCGAGACAAUCUACUAAGUGUAUUAAGAAAAGAAUUUAGUAAUAUUGAAAUAUUCUCACGCUUACUUAUUUUACCAGAUAGAAAAGUCAAAUUACUACAAUGCUUCCAAUCAAAUUGUUACAAUACUAAUGCGGAUUUAAUUACAUCGUACGCAAAUAAGUGUGCUACAAUCAAGGCAACAUCAAGUGAUAAAAUCAUACGGGAUCUUAUAGACACAGGUCUCCGUUUAGGUGCAUUCUUUAGUGAGUCUGGUUGGUUUGUAGACAGCGCACAAGUUUUAUAUGAAGUGGAAUUAAUAUGUACGAAUAAUCUACAUUUACCAUUUGCUGAAUACAAAUUAUUAGACUGUUACCAUAGACUAUUACAUGUACAGGCUGUUUACUGUAAGUUUGACGAUGCAAAUAAUACGGUCAAACAAGUCUUACAACUAAUUACAAAGUUACGACAAAAUGAUAAAUGUCCUAAUGUAGCUGGUUUGUACACUGAAUUAUCUGUAUUACAUUUUAUACGAAGUGAAUACGAUAAAGCCUAUCAUUGGGGUGUGAAAGCUUUAGAACAUGUCGAUUCUUCACUUCCACCAAGUGUAAUUAUAGACGUUUUGCGCCAAGCAUCUAAAGCUUGUGUUGUGAAACGUAAAUUUAAAAAAGCGUAUGUGUUAAUUCGUUACGCUGUCAAUUAUACUUAUGAAAUAUUUGAAGACUUACAUCCAAAAGUAGCGGAUGUUUUAAUGGAUUAUGGAUUUUAUUUACUUAAUUCUGAUUCUAUAUUAUCAAGUGUUAAAGUGUAUGAAGAAGCUUUAGACAUACGAAAACAAAUAUUCCACAAAGAUAAUUUAAAAAUAGCUGAAGCACAUGAAGAUAUCGCUUAUGCAGUCUAUGUGAAUGAAUAUACUUCUGGAAGAUUUUGUUCAGCACGGGAUCAUGCAGAACAAGCUAUCCAAAUUAUGGAAGCUUUGAUUCCAACAGAUCAUUUAAUAUUAGCAUCAGCAAAACGUGUCAAAGCUUUAAUUCUGGAAGAGAUUGCAUUAGAUUUACCUGGUGUAAAUAGUCAAUCACGUGAUAAAAUGAAAAUUUUAAAAGAAGCUGAAGAUUUACAUUUAGCUGCUUUAAAAAUAUCAUUAAAUGCAUUCGGAGAGAAAAAUGUUCAAACAGCGAAACAUUAUGGGAAUCUAGGAAGGUUGUAUCAAAGUAUGACCGAAUAUGAAAAAGCUGAACGAAUGCAUUUACGUGCAAUAUCAGUGAAGGAAGAGUUACUUGGGGAUCAAGAUUACGAAGUUGCGUUAUCUAUUGGUCAUUUAGCAUCGCUGUACAACUAUCACAUGGAGAAGUAUAGAGAAGCAGAGAAAUUAUAUCUUAGGUCAAUAGCAAUUAGUUUAAAAUUAUUUGGAGAGAGUUAUUCAGGUUUGGAGUACGAUUAUCGUGGUUUGGUGCAUGCGUACACAGAAUUAAAUGAAAUAUAUCGAAUGAUUGAUUAUUCAAACACGCUGAGCAAUUGGAUGGAACUUCGCGAACAAAUCGUCCGUGGUGAAGAUUUUCCAAUUCGAAAUAAUAAUACAGAACGUAUGUCGUUAAAAGAAACAUUAAAUAAGUUUUUUAGCAUGUCGUAAAACAUUUGUAGUACUUUCAACAUUCACGAUCGAUCUAUUUAUUUGGUUUUUUCAAAAUUAUUGUGAUAUAUUUAUAAAUUUAUGGUCAUCAAUUUAAUCUCAAUAGCUGUCUUAUUUUUAUUAGUUCAGUAUUAAAAAUAAUAAUUAGGCAGCGACUAAGCUGUCGGUACUAAGAGGACCGACACCGCCCCUCUACUUAUGCACACAAAAUAAUUGUCAAUUUGUACUAAAAAAAAGUUAUUA